CCUAUCGGAACAAAGCCAAACGGCAGGGACAAAAUGGCGGCGCCCUGUUACAAAAAGCGCGCGUGUUUUUCAGAUGACAGCUAGGACCCAGAUAUCUAAUCUGUGUCAGGAUAAAGGUAUGGCAUUCUGCAAAGUGAAGAUGUUGAGAUCAGUACUUCUUCACCGGUACUCAGUUUUCCCCUGUCAAGUCUUAGAACUGUGUAUUCGGAGGUCACUUCACAGACUGAGUGCUACCAUGUGUACUUCAUUGAAAGGCCAACAAUGUAUUAGUAUUACCUCCACAAGUCACCACGUGGGUUAUUGCGGACUAAGGCACUAUCGAGUGAGCCAACGGUACCAGCCCGUAUCCCCAGCCUUCAUUCGGACAUUUCAAUGCUUAAAACCUUCAACAAGACUAGCAAAUACAGAAGAAAGGCAUUGCUACCUCUUCCAACCAAGGCAUGACCUGUCAACCUUCGCUAGAGAUCAGAGAAACUGUUUGCAGAGUACACCUCCUCGGACUAGUUGUCUCCAAUCCGUCAGGUUUUAUGGAAAGGCCCUCGCUACUGAGGAGUAUCCUAUCGUGACUGCAACGGGCAUCCGCCAUGUCCUACGGAAACACAACAUUCCCUUCACCACUGGGUACACGUGCUUUGUUGCUGAAAGCCCGUUCGUUACUAAACGAAAGAAGACCGUCACCGCUGCAAAGAAAGACUUCUCCCUGUACAUCAACAUGACUACUGGUUACUUCACAUGUUUGGAGUCGGGGGUCACCGGGGGAUGGAAUUCGCUACAGGACUACCUCGAAGUCGUUCCGAAAACUCGCGCAAAGGGUGCGAAAGCCAAAACAGCCGCUAAUCCAGAUAAUGGACGGGAAACUUUUUCCUCUAUUGCCUCAUUAAGCAACGUAAAAACGCAGGGGCAGUCAGAAGUUGCUGAUGACGCUUGGAAGCGUGCCACUCCUAUUAAGGAGACCGAUACGACGGUACUGAGUACGAUAUUAUCAAACCUUGGCGCAAAACACCUAUCCCAUGACUCCCUGGACAAGUUGAACGUCCGUGUUGACGUCGAGAGCGGCAGCCUGGUUUUUCCCUGGUUCCAUCACCAUGACAACAGGAUAUGUGGUGUUAAGACCAUCCAGGGCCGCAGGACUGGUAAGAACCAGAUUGAGUACCAGGAGUGGAGCGUGCCGAAGUGCGGGUACUACAAUCUGUUUGGGUGCCAGCUGGGGUCAGCAGACACAGACGAGGUCAUCCUGACGGCCAGCGAGUUAGACGUGAUCGCACUCAGACAGGGACUACGGAACAGCAAGCGGAACACGAUGCUGCUGGCACUGCCAAAGGGAACAGCAUCUCUGCCACAGGAGAUUCUGCCAUUUCUGGAGAAGUAUCGCAAAGUGAUCUUGUGGUUUGGUAACGACAUGCGAUCCUGGGAGGCAUCCAAACAGUUCAGCCGGAAACUCAACACCAAACGCUGCUUCUUCAUCCGACCCAAGGAGGAGCAUCCCCGUCCACUAGACUUCCUCCUCUUGGGGUCAAGCAUGGGUCAAGUCGUGUCCGAAGCUCAACCGGUCAACCACAAAUCCAUCGUGUCCUUCAGUGAGUUAAGAGAAGAUGUCCACAGGGAGCUGAGUCAAGCCGAGCAAGUCGCGGGCGUCAAGUGGAAACGAUUUCCUCAGCUUAACAAGCUACUGAAGGGGUUUCGCCGCGGGGAGUUGACCGUGUUCACGGGGCCGACGGGAAGCGGGAAGACGACGUUUAUCAGCGAGUAUUCGCUGGACUCGUGCAUGCAGGGCGUGAACACGCUGUGGGGGAGUUUCGAGAUCCAGAACGUGAGGUUGUUAAAGAUGAUGCUGUCACAGUUCUCCCAGCUGAAGUUGGAAGCAAACUUGGACAACUUUGACGAGUGGGCCGACAGGUUUGAGGCCUUACCGUUGUACUUCAUGACGUUCUACGGACAGCAGACGCUGAAAAACGUGACGGAGACCAUGCAGCACGCCGCGUACGUGUACGACAUCGAGCACGUCAUCGUGGAUAACCUGCAGUUCAUGAUGGGAACGGAUGCCACCAUCGGUGUAGAUCGAUUCCGCCAACAGGAUGCCAUCAUUGCAACAUUCCGAAAAUUCGCCUCGGCCAACAACUGCCAUGUGACGCUCGUCAUCCAUCCACGAAAGGAAGAGGACACCAACGUCUUACAGAUGGCGUCUGUUUUCGGGAGUGCCAAGGCAACGCAAGAAGCAGACAAUGUGAUGAUCCUACAGGACAAACGACUCUCAACUCAGCAAGGUAAGAAGUUUCUGCAGAUCGUGAAGAACAGGUUUGAUGGAGAGCUGGGCGUGAUGCCUUUGUCCUUCAACAAGGACACCCUGUGUAUGUCCACACCGAGGACUCCCAGAAGGAAGAAAGUAGAAUUGGAGAAACAACCGGUGGAAAGUAGCCUCAAUGAAGACAGCACAGUUCUACCUCUUGUCUAGGACUAAGACAUUGCUGAAAGCCUUUUAACUGAGCAGUAUUCUGAGACCGUAUAAAUGAAUACGUUUGCAACCUAUUUUUCUGUCGAGAUUUUUUACCUGAUAUUUUGUACAAAAGGAUAGACACUUCUUCGGGGUUGAAAAUGCAAUGUUGAGGGGUUUGUAGACGAUGAAUCAUGUCAUGCCAUCCAGUGAUAAUUCUAACCUCCUACUAAUAAACCAUGGCCAUAUCCAAUUCCAUUUUAGUGCCAAAAGAUUGCCUAAGCAAAAGGGUUAGUGUCACCUAUAAAUAAACACAAUGCUUUCUAAUUUAAAAGGAGGCUUAAUACAAAAAGUGAGAAGGGAAACCUACAUUGUGUAGAGGGUAAAGACCAGUGUUGGCAAGUGUAAUUGUGAUGGGUUGUGGUUGUCAUAUUCCUGUAUUGAAAAGGGCUAGAUGGACGUGGUGCCUCGGAUGUGAUGUAAGCACAGUGAUGGAGAUUUAGAGUCUGGCAUUUUUCUGGAAAUGAUUCCAGAUACAACUUGAAAAUGUUGAAGAGAAG